CACUCUCUCUCUCUCUCUAAAAUGGGGAUAUCACUCUCUCUCUCUCUCUCUCUCUGUUAGAAUUGAUGAAAUGACUUCGUUUGAGGCUUUGAGCUCUCUCUUAGACGAAGGUGGUUGCUUGAUUGAGAGGAUAUUUACUCUCACACACAGUGGAUCAGAUUUGAGCUCUCUCUCUCUCUCUCCACGCACGCCAUCCCGCAAAAUGGCUUCUUCUCUCUCUACCAUGCUUGCUCAUCUCCAUCACCCAAGCCUUGUCCAAGCCUUAGGCUCCUUCACCACCAUGCUCGAGCUCCGGCAACUCCAUGCCCAUAUCACCACAGCGGGCUUAUCCUUCGACCCCUUCACGAUUAGUAGGCUAUUGGCCCUCUUUGCGAUCUCCAAUCAUGGCGACAUCGAUCAUGCCCAAGCCAUUUUCGCCCAUUUCAAAAACCCUACUCCAUUUAUGUAUAACACCAUCAUUAGAGGCUUUUCUCAGAGCUCUGAACCAGUAAAAGCUAUUCAAACCUUCAACCAAAUGCUCAGUAGUGGCAUUUAUCCUGAUAAUUUCACCUACCCAUUUGUGAUCAGGUCUUGUGCAAACCUAUCUCACCUUCAAUUGGGGUUUGAGCUUCAUGCCCAUAUUGUAAAAACAGGGCUUGAUUCUGAUAUAUUUGUGCAAAAUAAUCUUAUAAAUAUGUAUUGCUGUUGUGACAGAACUGAUGUAGCACGCCGAGUGUUUGAUGAGAUCACUACCUUAGAUGUUGUGUCGUGGACGACCAUGAUUACUGGUUAUGGAAAUUCCGGCGAAAUUGACGCUGCGAAAUUCCUUUUGGAUCAAAUGCCAUUGAGAAACACAGUCACAUACAAUGCCAUGAUCACUGGAUAUUCGAGAUCAGGUCAUUUCGACGAAGCUAGAAAAGUGUUUGAUGAGAUGCCUAAUAGGAAUGUAGAAUCAUGGAGCACCAUGAUCUCUGGUUAUGUUCAUGGUGGUCUCUUCCGAGAAGCUCUCGAGCUGUUCAGAAAGAUGUUGGAUCAUGGAUUUGCUCCGUCUGAGAGUGCUACUGUUAGUGCACUAUCGGCUUGUGUUCAGAUGAGAGCAUUGGACAGUGGCAAAUGGGUGCAUGCAUGCAUAAAAGAGCAUAAGCUAAAGCUCAAUGUCAUCAUUGGAACUGCACUAGUAGACAUGUAUGGCAAAUGUGGUAGCAUUGAAAAUGCACUUUCAGUCUUUGAAGUAAUGCCCAUGAGAAAUGUGAUAUCAUGGAAUUCUAUGAUCACUAGUCUAGCCCUGCAUGGCCAUGGCAUGCACGCGUUGAGCCUCUUUGAGAGGAUGGGGGCCAUGGGUGUGAAGCCUAAUGCCAUAACCUUUGUUGGGGUUUUGAGUGCUUGUAGCCAUUCGGGCUUAGUCAAAAAGGGUUGGUUUCACUUCAAUUCGAUUUCGAAGGUCUAUGGUAUCAUGCCCACUGUGGAGCACUAUGGGUGCAUGGUCGACCUGCUUGGUCGGGCCGGUUUAUUGAAAGAAGCCCUUAGAUUCAUAGAUUGCAUGCCUAUCAAACCACACCCAGGUCUGUGGGGCGCCUUAGUUGGUGCCUGUAAAAUUCAUGGUGAUUUCAAGUUAGGAGAAGAGGUGGGUAAGCGCUUAAUCGAGCUAGAACCUCACCAUAGUGGGAGAUACGUGAUCUUAUCGAACAUAUAUGCAUCAGCUCGGAAAUGGGAUGAUGUUACGAGCUUGAGGAACUUGAUGAGAGAGAGAGGAGUGCUCAAAACACCAGGGUGGAGCUCGGUUGAAGCCAAUGGUGAGGUGCACCAUUUUCUUGUUGGUGAUCGAAAUCACCCUCAAGCCAAAGAGAUACACAUGGCUUUGGAAGAGAUUGUGCGGAAGAUAAGGGUGGCAGGAUAUCAGCCAGAGACCAAAGAAGUUCUUUUUGAUCUCGAAGGGGAGGAAAGCGAAAAUGUUUUGAAUUAUCAUAGUGAGAAGAUUGCUAUUGCUUUUGGGUUCAUUAGCCUGCCUCCUCAUGAUCCUAUACAUGUGGUAAAGAACCUUAGAAUUUGUGGGGACUGCCACUCUGCUACAAAGUUCAUAUCAAAGGUUUUCGAUCGUGAAAUUAUAGUGAGAGAUCGGUGCCGUUUUCACCAUUUCACGAAUGGUACAUGCUCUUGCUCCGAUUAUUGGUAACCGCUCAUCAUCAUCAUCCAAGCUUUAUCUCAAUUAUUUAGGGUCUGCCGUAUGAAUUAUGUUCCUCCAUUCUUCUCAAGAUGUGACAAAAUUUUACGUUGGUUGUCUAUUUAACGCAAUCUAUAUCCUUUUCCUAGGCUUGAGACAGGUUAGGGAAAAGGUUAAGAUCCUCACCCUUAUUAGACCAAUUAUUGGUAACCAUUGAUUAAAAAGUCAAUGCCUCGUGUUCGGACUCAUGUGAGCUACUUGGAAGUGUGAGGCCCAGAUGAAAAAAGUUUAUUCUCAUGUGUAUCUCAUUGACUCAGCCAAGUCGGUUGCUGACUCGGGUUCAAGAACCCAAUGAAUCUAAGCCCAAGUGUGGGCUAAUCAUUGCUGGCAAUCGCUUAGUGGUGCAUUGAAUCUUUUAAUUGGGGCAAAAUGGCAGCUUAGUUGGGCCAUAUGUUGAUCAAGAGGCAAGACCCUAUCUAUCUAAAUCAAAGCAUGAGAAAAGGAUCAUUCCUUUGAGAAAGCAGUAGGGCUGGUUUAAUCAGUAUAAACUCUACAGAGGGUAUAUUAGGUUGUGAUACUAUUACACUAAAUCCUGUUACAUCAAUGUAAAAAUAAAAAAGAAAAGAAAAGGUGAAUAGCAAAAGGCAAGAAUUGUUUGACAGUUUAGAGAAACCUUAUGAGCGCUUAACUCUACAAAUGAAACUCUUUGGCACUGGAAA